UCUCUUCUCUUAGCUCUGCCCAAAACAAACACUCCCUCCCUCCCUCGCUCUCUGUAAAUUCUUCUGAAACAAACUGCAAAGAAAGCUCGUCGCUUCUUCAGGGCAGAAACAAGAUUUUGCAAAAAUAGGUAGCCAUGGCAUCUGCAGCUACGGCAACUACUUCAAGUACUUGGCUUAAGCGCAAGCUCCCUGCUUCUUGCAGAGAACUGGGUUCCUUUCCUUCUUCUUCCUCCACCUCGAUACCCCUCGUAAAUCGCAACCCAAAUUGGGAAAAAACCAGCAUUUCUUGCUCCCUUCAAACACCUUCCAUUCUGCAUUUCCCCAAGCACUCGCACCCAAAAUACCAAACGCCUCUGCCCAAGGAGAAUUCGUCGUCGUCUUCUUCCACCAAUUCGUUUUCUCAGCAAUGGAAUUUGAUUCAGAGAGCGGCGGCAAUGGCGCUGGACAGGGCGGAGACCGCCUUGGUGGCGCGGGAACGCCAACACCCACUGCCCAAGACGGCGGACCCGAUGGUCCAAAUAGCCGGGAACUUCGCCCCGGUGCCGGAGCAGCCCGUCCGGUGGAACCUUCCCGUGGAGGGAAAGAUUCCGGAGUCCAUCCAGGGCGUCUACGUCCGGAACGGUGCCAACCCGCUGUUCCAGCCCGUAGCCGGUCACCACUUCUUCGACGGCGACGGAAUGGUUCACGCCGUCAAGUUCAGUAACGGCGCCGCCAGCUACGCUUGCCGGUUCACCGAAACGAACCGGCUAGUCCAGGAACGCGCCCUGGGCCGGCCGGUUUUCCCGAAAGCCAUCGGCGAGCUCCACGGCCACUCCGGCAUCGCCCGGCUCCUCCUCUUCUAUGCUCGCGGCCUCUUCGGCUUACUCGACCACAGCCGCGGCAUCGGCGUGGCCAACGCCGGCUUGGCCUUUUUCAACAACCGGCUCCUCGCCAUGUCGGAGGACGAUUUGCCGUACCAUGUCAGAGUCACCCCCUCCGGUGACCUGUCCACCGUCGGCCGGUACAAUUUCGACAACCAGCUCAAAACUACCAUGAUUGCUCAUCCGAAGCUUGAUCCAGUUUCCGGCGAGCUCUUCUCCCUCAGCUACGACGUCAUCCAGAAACCCUACCUUAAGUAUUUCAGGUUCUCGCCGUCUGGCGAGAAGUCACCGGAGGUGGAAAUUCCGGUCUCGGAGCCAACCAUGAUGCACGAUUUCGCCAUUACCGAGAGGUUCGUGGUGGUGCCCGACCAGCAGGUGGUGUUCAAGUUGCCUGAGAUGAUCCGCGGCGGCUCCCCGGUGGUGUAUGACCGGAAAAAGGUCUCGAGAUUCGGGGUCCUGGAUAAGUACGAAACGGACGGGUCAAAGAUCAAAUGGGUCGAAGCUCCGGAUUGCUUCUGCUUCCACCUCUGGAACGCCUGGGAGGAGCCGGAGACAGACGAGGUGGUGGUGAUCGGGUCGUGCAUGACGCCGCCAGACUCCAUUUUCAACGAAUGCGACGAGGGCCUCAAGAGCGUUCUCUCCGAAAUCCGGCUCAACUUGAGGACCGGCAAAUCGACCCGCCGGCCCAUUAUGGCCGAGGCCGAUCAUGUCAACCUCGAGGCCGGAAUGGUGAACCGGAACAAGCUCGGUCGCAAGACCCGGUUCGCCUACCUCGCCAUCGCCGAACCCUGGCCCAAAGUCUCGGGUUUCGCCAAGGUCGACCUCUUCUCCGGCGAGGUCAAGAAGUACAUGUACAGCGACGGCAACUACGGCGGCGAGCCUCUGUUCCUGCCCAGAGACGCCGAUUGCGAAGAUGAGGACGAGGGCCACAUUCUGGCCUUCGUCCACAACGAGAAAACCGAUAAAUCAGAGCUGCGAAUCGUGAACGCCAUGACCCUGAAGCUGGAAGCAUCCAUCAAGCUUCCUUCCAGGGUGCCCUACGGCUUCCAUGGCACAUUCAUCAGCGCCAACGACUUGGCCAACCAGGCCUAGCGGCCGCCAGCGGCGGUUGUAGAUUCUAGUUUUUUAGAUUGUUGCGGCGGAGAUUGACCAGUGGGAUGGCUGCAGAUAGGCCCCCGGAAUCUCCCGGCCGUCAAAUCAAUUACUUUUCUUUCUUCUUAAUUUGGUUACAGUGAGAGUGUGUGAGGUUUUACAGAGAGCAGCUCGAAGCUUUAUGUGGUGAAGCUCAGCUGCUUCUCUUGCUUUUGAUUCUUUCACUUCCAUGUGUUUAUCAUUAGCUAGCCAUUCAGAGAAUCUGCAGAAGGAGAGAUGAGAAGAAUAAGGUAUGUAUAUAUAUAUAUAUAUAUAUACACACACAAACAACACUAAUAAUGUGUCUUGUCUCCUCCUCGGUUCUGAGUCUCUGUGUUCCCUGUGAAUGAAUGCCAUAUCCUAUUUUCCCUA